AUGCGAGAACCGAGUGUGAUUUUGGCGGAGGACGUUCUCGAAUCAUUAUCAGACGAUUACGAUGUCAGGCAUGCUACCCAACCAUUCGGCUAUUCUGGCCGCGAGAUGUGCCUCGAUCUAUAUAAGGCUGUCGUGGGUCGGCGCUGCACUGAAGCUAUCCCCUCAUCCCCAUCCGCCAUCACCAUUACUCUCUCCCGAAUAUUCGAUUCCAAGAUGAAGUUCGCUGCUAUCUUCCUCUCAGUCAUUUCCGUCGCGGCCGCUGCGGCUGUCGCCCCAGCCAUCGAGGCGCGCCAGAGCAUCGAGACCACCACCGACGAGAUCCUGUUCAGCAUCACGCUUCCAGCCUUCACAGCCCGCCGAAAUGCACUCGAUCCCAAUACCGUCGACUGGACCUCUGACGGAUGCACCUCGUCUCCCGACAACCCGCUCGGAUUCCCUUUUACUCCCGCCUGCAACCGACAUGAUUUUGGCUACAACAACUACCGUGCACAGACUCGCCUCACCGUGAGCACCAAGAAGAAGAUCGACGACAACUUCAAGAAAGACCUCUACUACCAAUGCAGCAGCGUCUCCCUGCGCUGGCUAUGCGAGGCCCUUGCUGACGUCUACUAUGCUUUCGUCCGAGUCUUCGCUGGAGGCGGUGACGUUGCCCCUGGGAAGCGAGAUGACGAGCUCGUCCAGAUCUAUGAGGAGAAGUUGGCCGUCUACAGCCAGCUCCUUGAAGAGGCCAAGGCAAAUGGCAUAAUUGAAGGAUACUAG